AUGCUUGCCCUGCCAUCUCGAGUAUCAUGCAUAAUUCCUGCUCUGCGAAAUGUUCGGACAUAUGUCGUAUCCAUAGAACCACCUCGAGUUUAUCCCAACAAAACUGUCCCGCGUAAUUACUCGGAACGCAAGACAUACCUCUAUAACCAAUACACCCGACUCUUCCAGUCUAGUUUCGACUCCCCACUCAUCUUCUUGCAACACACCGACUUCUCAGUCCCACGACUCAUUCGACUGCGUCGUGAUAUUGCGGCGGCAGCGGCGCGCCAUGCCAGCGCGCCAACUCUCGCAGGACCCUCCCCCGCUGCAAUGGCUGAACCACCAACGCUGACCGUCCUCCGCACGUCUAUAUUCGGUGUGACUUUACGAGAUUUCUCACCGUUGGACACACAAGCAGUCACAGAAAUUGCUGGCAUGAUCGAAGGUGGCCUCGCUGUACUCUCGUUCCCGUCAUUCAAUCCUCCUCAAAUGAACGCUAUCUUACGCGCACUCUCACGCGCCGUCCCUCCACGCGUUCCUAAGACUCCGCAGGAAAUAGAGCAGCAGAAAAAAGAUGUCGAAGCAGCAUUUGUACCCGGUCGGCGCCAAAAGCGUCAACGCCCAGUGCCGGUCCCCGAACUGAAGCUCGUUGGUGCGCUAAUCGAAGGGCGAGUGUUCAAAGCUCCGGGCGUAUGGGAUGUGGCAGGCCUUCCCACCUUAGAGAUACUCAGGGCGCAGCUUGUUGGACUUCUUAGUGCUCCUGCGUCUCAGCUCGCGUUGGUAUUGGGCGAGGCAGGUGGUGGGAAGUUGGCGAGGACCCUAGAGGGCUUAAGGAAGAGUUUGGAAGAGGAGAAGGGGGAACUAGAGACCGGGAAGCAGUCGGAUAUAGGUGCACCAUAA